UUUACUCCCCAACUAAGCACAUCCCAAACCAAAAGGAAAAAAAAUUCCACUAAAAAGAGCAAAAAGCAUAAACGACUGAUCGGAGAAGAAACAACUCGCCGCCGAGUUAACACCGGUUCGCCGUCGUAAAUGGAUGGAGUAGGUGCCCGUCUCGGCCGGUCAUCAGCUAGGUACGCACCGACAACUGUAUUUACCGGUCCGGUUCGUAGGUGGAAGAAGAAAUGGAUCCAAGGAGCGCCGCCCAGCUCCGGUAACAGCCAUAGUCGGACCACUGCUAACGGCGGCGUUAAUGGCAGUAACGUCUCUCAUCUAUUGCUUUUCAAGUGGAUACCUAUUAAUGCGAGCCAGAACAAUAAUGACAGUUCCGCUAAGGACGACGUCGUUUCGGUGGAGGAACCACCUAAACGCAAAUUCAAGUACAUUCCGAUUAACGUGCUUGAAGAACAAAAGAAUGAUGCAUCUGAACAAGCUGAAGAUGAUAUUAAACCAAUUGAGAGUGACACAAAUAGUGAGGAGCCAACAUCUCAGGUGGAUGGUUUUGAUGAAAAACCUGAUAUCAACGACGUGCCCAUGGAAGAGAAUCAGGAUCCGAAGAGAAAACCUCCAGAACGACAGGACUUAAAUGAAAGGACUUUGGACUUAUCUUUGGGCUAGAAAGCUCGCGAUGAAAACAAUUCUGACUGAAAAACAGGUCAGGCAAGUGAGCUACAGGAGCACCAAGUCAUUAUGGCAUUCCCCAAAAUGUUGCCCUGUGUCAGUUGUGACUAAACUGCCUGUGUCUUCAUAUGGCACCGGCUUAAUGUAAUUGUAUUCUGAAGCUAUUGUGUUUACUUUGUAGAGGAUUCGAUUUUUCUGGGAACUAUAGCAAAAAACCCUAAUGUUGUUCCAUCACAUUUAAGUGCUAGAGCACAAUGUGUGGAUAUGUGUUGUUUAGGCGCCUAUUAAGGGUUCGAACCUUGCUUCAGACAAGAAGCCUGAUAUUUGAGUAGAGAACAGUAGAGGGGUGAACUCAUUAUCCAUCGAGAUUGAA